AUGUUAGUUAGUCGAAAUCUAUUAGGAGUCGGAGUAUUAGGUGAUUCCAUAUAUGCUGUUGGUGGAUGUGACGGCCCCACUGCAUUAAAUAGUGUAGAGGUAUUUGAUGCGAGUAUUCAACAAUGGCGAAUGGUGUCUAGUAUUACAAAUGCAAGAAUGAAUUUCGGUGUUGGUGUACUCAAUAAUAAAUUAUAUGUGGUUGGAGGUGCUGAUAAAGAAAUCAGUCUGAAAUCUGUGGAAUGUUAUGAUCCCACUCUUGACACAUGGACAUCAGUGGUGGAAAUGUCUGUAUGCCGUUGUGGUGUUGGUGUAGGAGUUUUGGACGGUCUUAUGUAUGCUAUUGGUGGUUUUAAUGUAGAGUAUCUUAAAAGUGUUGAGGUGUACAGACCAAGUGAUGGAGUAUGGUCUUCUAUUGCCUAUAUGAAUUUGUGCCGAUUGAGGCCUGGAGUCGUCACAUUAGAUGGUUUAUUAAGAUUUGCAAUCUCUACGCAAAAAUGA